UUGAUGUAUUGUUAAAAAACUAAUCCAUUCUUUUGAACAAAGCAAGGAAAAAAAAAGAAUGUGAAUUUGAAAGAAAUGGGAGAUAUAGUAAAUAACAUAGAAAUUUUUAAGAGACUUAAUUUUGAUACUUCAAAUCAAUGGAUAUUUUAUGACGAGCGUUUUCACAAAUUUUUUGAUUUCUUCGCAAACAACAUCACGGAUUCCAACAUAUUGACUGAAACCGAGGUUCUUGAACAAGAAGAACUCUUAAGAAAGAAUCAAUACGUUGAAACCAAUGAAAAAUGUGCUGAAUGUUUGCAGAAAUUCGUAUCAAAAUAUCCUGGUCUACUAAUCGAUACAGAGGAUGACAUUAUCAGUCUGCGAAAAUCUAUAGACACCAUGGAGAAGUUCCUUCACGGUUACGAUGAAUUAAUUAACGACAUGAGAGAUACAAAGCAGAGCUUAAACGCGGACUACAGCAAAUUGGAGGAGCAAUUUAAUCUUUUAGUAAAUAAAGAAAGGAACAUUUUAUCCAUUUGCCAGAGCAAAGUGAAGAGAUUGGAAGAAUUGCAUAGCGAAAAUUUCAAAAAAAAUGCGGAGGUUGCAAAGAUGUUCGCAACAGUACAAUCACCUCCAUUAUUUAUGCAUCAAUUGUCUUUGGAUCAAUACUUUUCAAAAAGUGAUUCUUUCAUGCGGCAUUUUUCCUUAUAUUUGAAACAAAAUUUCAAGUUUCAAGAGAGUGAAUUUGAUAAUAGUCUUACAGAUCUUCAGGAAGACGCAGAGAAGUUGAACAGUCUUAAGAAGUUAAUUGAGCAAUACGAAAUGGAUUAUUUCAUUGAGAAGGCUAGAGGACGGGGCACUCAAGGUGUUGUUGAUGGUUUAGAUUUGACUAAAAUACACGUUGUUAGCCUUUCGGAUAUGGAGCGGGAAACUAAUGAGUUGGCUAUUGUAAAUGCCCAUCAGGAAAUUGUUCAAAAAGCUCUAAUGGUUGACUUAGAAAAUCUUGUCCGCCAACAAGCACAACACAUAAUCGAAAUGAAUUUAUAUGAGAAUACCAAGGAAAAAUUAGGGAGGGCACAAAAGCGGCACCAAAAUAAUAGCAUACUUUCGCAAGUAAUAUCUAAUGUGUUAUCAAAUGCCGAAUUAAUUUGGAUAGGCAUACAGCUCGAUUUGGAGAAAAAGCAUAGCCGUUUUGAUAACUCUGAAGGAUUAAAGUCCGAAUCACAGCUCUGUCUGCAACGAAUUCAUCAUAUGCGCAACGCGGCAUCAAACACAAGCGAUAUUUUGAGCGUCGAAUUUAUUACCAAAAUGAUACAACAUCUUAGUUUACAUUUGCAACAUCGGCCGCGCGACGAAGUAAAAGCUUGCCUGCACGAAUAUGAAAAAUUUAUGCGCUUAUUCAAUUAUGCUUUGAGCGGUUUGCUUAGUCGCAAGCACUAUGCUACAAUUUUAGAAAAAUUAGAAGAAAUCAAUCAUGUAGAAACAGUAUUACGUUCAUUCGUGUAUGAUGGUCCAGUGGAUACACCAAUGUUUGAAAACGUUAGCUAUUUAAAACCAAUUUUUAAUGCUAACAUGAAAAAGGAGUUAAUCGAUAAACAGCUAAGACAAAUGCGUACACAAUUUCAUGAAAAUGUUAUAGAACGCAUGGAGAAGGAUAAACUAUGGCGUUAUCGGCAAUUGCUUUGGAUGUGGUUUCUAAGAGAUUCGUCACGUGUACUGCGUGCAAUUGAAGAAAUUAAAAAGAUGGCUGCUAAGGCUCCACAAAUUUUAAAGACUUUGGGCGGCAUUAAAAGAAAGUAAAAGCUGAACUAUUAUAAAGGAUUUGAUGGUUCAGUAUUUAGUUAAGCUCGUUUUGUUGCAUUUUUCUCAUUAAAUAGUGGAGUGCGCGAAUCCUGUUUUUUUCUUUUUUUUAAUAAGUCGAAGAAAAGAUUCGAGUAGAAGAUAUAAACCGGAUAUUUAUCUCAUCAACGUUAUCUUAAUAUCUUGCAGACUUUGCAUGAAUGGGACAUAAAAUCUUAGUACCAUGAUGAUUACUUUAGCGGCUAAGAAUGGAAGAAUGGAAUACUUUUUCUUCACCGAUUAUUAGUUUUAGGCGGUAAUUUAAAGACACUCGACUGCAGUUGGGUUUAAUUUUACAGUUGUUGACACCAACACCAUCUUUUGUAACAAGCGUAGCAAGGCUUGUGGGCGCAACUCUCUACCGAAUACUGGGGGAAUUCCGAUAGUCGAUUUGCAAAAGGCUGUACCAUAUUAGAUUGAAAACCUAAAAGAUCGACAAGUUUGCUAUUGAUGUUGUUUUUCUUUUUCCACGAAUAUGCAACUGUUACUGCCCGAUUUGUCUAAUUACUAAAAUGUCUAGAUCUUGAUUCUAAGGCUUUAUAAGGAUUCCUUACAUUUUCAAUUUUUAUACGAAUGUUUUUACUACAAUAAUGGAUCUUAGUUUCAAAUAAAAGUAACAAUAGCUUUCUCACUUUUUCUUUUCUAUCGCUCUUCGAUUACGUCGUCUACGUCUAGAUUUCUUAUUGUUGUUCCGAUUGUUGCAAGACAAAGAAUUAUUAUAUUGUUCAAUUUGAAAAGAAAUUUCUUUAAAACUUACCGUUCGUUUGUAACGUUUUUAUUUGAAAUUAACUUUCAACUUUGCUUUGCUGGCUCUGAGUGGAAUAACUAGACUAAAGCCGAAUUUCAAGAAAAAAGCAACGAAAACCUUAAGAAAGA